AUGGCUCUCGAUGUCCUCGCCGUGGCCCCUCUCUACCAGGGCCCUGACAUCAACAGAAUGAGGCUGACAGCAGAGCUGUCCAAAAAGCCGGCCUCCCCGCUAAAACCCUUGGUCCCCUCGAAGUCCAAACUCACCACCAUCGAGACCAAGAGGGUCAUGUCCGUACUGGACGAGACCAUCCACAAGGUGGAGCUGGUGACCCUGCUCUCACACUUGGCUUCCAAGGACGAGGCUCUGGAGGGGAUCCUGGGAGGGGACGUCAGGAGGGCGGUGAGAGAGCACGAGGACCUGUGUCGCAGCCUCCUGGACAGCGUCGCUUACCUGCAGGAUAAGGAGAGGCGGCUGCAGGAGGAGGAAGAGUCUGAGGACGAGGGAUGGCUCAGAGACCGCCUCCUCUCCGUGCAGCUGCAGAAAUCCAACCUACUGCCGCUCAUGGAGCACAUCAGAGAGUCCACCAAGGACGUCCUGAGACUCUUGCUCGAUAACCCGCAGGCGGCAAAGCUCUCGGAGACGCACGCGCUGGGCAGAAGCGCGGAAGCCCAGCGUUUUAUUGACUGCCUGAUGGAACUGCGGGGCUUCCUGUUCGAGAAGCUACUCACCAGCCCCAUGGAAGCCAGGGAGAAGACUCAGUUCAUACAGGAUGUCAGUAGACAGAACAGGAGGAACCAGGACAUCAUUGAUGCGCUGGAGAAUGAGUUGGCGGCGAGCAUGAAGAACAGGGACGCAGAGGUGGAGAAAGAGAACUUCGUAAUCCAAGAACUGAAAAACCACCUGCACCAGGUGCUCAGGCUCUCCGAGAACAACCUCCUUCGCACCAAGCAGGAGGCCGAGAAGCAGCAGAAGGCACACUUCCGGGCCUCGCAGGCCAGGGUGGCCAAGAUCCAGCAGGAGAUACUGCUGCUGAGGUCACAACACCACAACCUGGUCGUGGAAAACCGGGAGGCAGAGCAGGCGCUGAGGAAGAAGAAAUACAAAGUGGAGACGGAAAUUGAGAACUGGAUCCAGAAAUACGAUAUGGAGAUGGGCGAGAAGCAGGACGAGUACGAGGAGCUCGACAUCAUCCACAAGGAGGAGCAGGUCCAGCUGGAGGAGCUGAGGCAGAGGUACAAGGUGCUCGUGGAGGAGUUCGCCCAGAUCCGGGCCGAGCGGGAGGUCGAUGCCAAGAAGAAGACGGAGGCCGAGCAGGAGGUGCUGCGCAUGGUGCGGGCUGCUACACUCAUCCAGGCCGUGUGGAAGGGCUACCUGGUCCGUUCCGUGCUCAGGUCCAGGAAGAAGCGAAGCAAGAGCAAAGGGAGGGGCAAGGAGAAGGGCAGGGGCAAGGGCAAGGGCAGGAAGUGAGUCUCCCCCCGGGGGCCCCACUCCCGACCCGGGCCGC